AAGGUGCGCGAGAAACUUCCCGUAGCGAGUUCUGAAAGAAAAAAGUGCUCAGCCCAGUGAUAGUUUUCACAACGAGCAAUCAUGCGCCUCACCGCCGUGUGCCACAGACAAUUGCCGCACAAGCUCUUCAGGUUACUAUACAAAAAUCGACGCUCAUUGAAGCCAGUCGACUUCGGGAUUCCCGCCGCACUGAAAGAGAGGAGUGUUCCAGUCUAUGAUGGACUCAAAUAUUCCCGAGAAAAGCCGCCUGUCGAUAUGAGCAAAUUUUUCCCGAAGGACGAAAAAGUGCUGCAGGCGGAAUUCGCGUACGAGGUGUCCAAUAGUCUGAAACUCACAGAAGGUUUAGCCCAAGUUCAGCUUCUCACAAACUCUCUGUAUCACACUGACAUGCCACCCAGCUACGUCGAGCAGUUCGAAGGAACUUCGCUGAGUGACUCGGAAUACGCCUGGAUGACGAAACGCCUCGAAGUUGUGAAGCACGACUCCUACCAGGUCAGGCUGCCGAAGGCCUGGCACGAGAAAUACCACUGGAUAGCGGCAGAACGACCUUACGGUGCGCCCGUGGAGCGGAGGAGCAGGCAAUUAAGUUUAAUUUUCAACGACUUCGUGAGACUGACAUCUGCCGGAGGACCACCGAAACCUACGCUCAACGAUUUGACGUGCCAAUACAUAAGACCAAGUGAUAACCCGUACCUAUUUCACGGAGCCGCGUGCUCAGGGACUCUGUCUACGAAAGCCCUACCUCUUGCGGGCGAUUCAACAGCGACGGGAUCACUACCCUCCAUGUACCCUGCCGCACCGGAAAUGGAUCUCAAGAAAACUUUCGACUACGAUCCGAGAACCAUAUACCCAAUUCUACCUGCAGGAAAAGAUUACAGCCUGCACACGAUUUACGUCAACCACCCUUACGAGGAAGCCAGGACUAGGGUCGAAAAAUCAGGAAUCGCGCUUCUGCAGACGUUCGCCUUCGCUGCCGCUAGGGGAGCAACGGCGAAAAAACCACUCGUUCUGCAGACGAUAUACCACGAUUUGGAGCACCUCGAUCUCGUAGUGAUCCAGCUGAAUACUCUACAGAGCUCGAGCGAAAAUGAAGCUGACAUUCGAAACGAGAUCUGGCACAUGAACCUCCCCUUGAGCGAAGGAGCCGGAGUUGAGAAAACUCUGAAUCCGACAGCGAUGAAAUGGCUCAAAGUCUUCUACGCACGAUAGGUAUAGGUUGUUAAUUCGAAUGAUGUUCAUAUAUAACUUCAUAAUAAAUUGUCCAUACCUAA